CAGAUUGAAAGGAACGAGCAGCUUUUUGCACCUGCGUAUACAGAGACUCGAUAUAGCUCCAAUGGACCACAAACAUCCUCCCCACAAAACUCUAUUUCUCUAUGGUGCUUAUUUUUCCCCCAGAGUAUCCAGGGAUUGAUGACUUUUUGGCCGGAAAUGGAAAGCUAAUUUGGGAUCAUCUAGAAAGUUUAACAUGAAAAGGGGCAAGUCAGCAACAAAGCAUUCAGACCAGAAGUGCUGUUUGCUUCACACUGAGUGCUGUUGUACUUCUGUAUCAAGAAGGAAUCUCAUCUGACGCGUCUUCAUUUGAGCUCGCUGAAAUUCAUGAGAUGUUAUGUCAUAGUCUUCCUGACUGCUCGGUGCCUAGGGGCGGCUGUUCUCCUUGAAAGAGGCAGCCUCAGUGAGACACAUUUGUUUUCAAGAAGUCUGCAGAUGGUUUCAAGACAAGUGUUUUAUUGUGCAGUCUAGAGGAUUCAGCUUCACUGCUGGGACCUUCCAUAGUGGGGCCAAGAAUAACAGUAAAAAAUGGUCUGUGCAGCGUGGCAGCGGAAGCUAAAAUGAACCGAUUCAACCAUAUGGGCAAUUUGAUAAUACUAUUGCACACUAAUGCUUGAAAUCUGUUUUACUAUGUGCUACCUAGUGGGCAUACUGUAGGUAGGAAGAAUCUAAACAGUAAGACAGUCUCCAUGGGUCACAAUUAUCAGUGUAGGAUUUAAGUGUUAAACUUGUACAUAGAUCAUCUAAAGGUAAUUUCCAUUGGCCAGUGGGCCUGAGAGGAAGCAUGGGCUAGUCACACCUCUCCCCCAGAGCUAGACUGAAACAUUGACGUAUGCAGUACAUAACUGUGUUAUUUGAGCAGGCUCUCAAUCUGUUGCCUUUUUCAGGUUUUGUAUAGGGACUACUAUCGGCAAAUAAAUAUACUAUUUAUAAUUUCAAAUUGGAUAUUCACUUUUAGUGUGUUGUGCAUUUGAGAUACAUGAUCCUGUAUGUUGCUAGCUUUUUUGAAAUGUAUAUCCCAGUUUAUUUUACAAGAAGAAUUGAGUAAUACUGGUGUGCCCAGUUUUGCCAGCCUUGGUCUAUUCUACACAAGUAAUAUUUUUGUAUAUCUUGUCAAACAUAACCUAAACCAAGAGAAAUGCAGAACUUUCUCAAAUAGAAGGGGCUUGAUGUGCAGAGGUGUCAUAAAAAUAGAUAAUCUUCUUCCAACUUUUUAUAACUUGCAUUCAUAAAAAGGCUCACUGUGCAACGUCACGUGUGAAUCAAGCUGUGCUUUAACAGCCUCUCUAUGGUAAUACCCUCUGUUUUUUAAAGGAGCAUUGUUUUUACCACGGCAGUGUGAGGGGAAUGGAGCACUCUAGCGUGGCAAUGAGCACCUGCAAAGGGUUACGGGGUCUUAUAGCUGUGAACAGCAGCCUGAGUUACUUGAUAGAGCCCCUGCACGAGGGUGAGGAGCAGCACCUGAUCUACCGCAUCGAGCACCUGCGCUUGAGAAGGGGGACCUGCGGACAUAAGCAUGAGGGGCAGGAGUGGGACCCGUCCCGGGACAUCACUGGAUUCACACACAGGACCUUGCCUCGCAGGGAAAAGAGAGAUGUUAUGAAAAACAUGAAAUAUGUUGAGCUGUUAAUUGUAGCGGAUAAUGCUGAGUUUCAGAAGCUCAAUUCUGAUUAUGAGAAGACCAAGAUGAAGAUUCUGGAAGCUGCUAACUAUGUAGACAAGUUUUACAAAGCUCUCAAUAUCCGGAUAGCCCUGAUUGGCCUGGAGAUCUGGACGGACAGAGACCAGAUCAGCGUCUCUGAGAACCCCUACAGCACGCUGGGGGCCUUCCUGACAUGGAGACGAAAGCAGCUCAUCCACAGGAAGAACGACAAUGCACAGCUCAUCACUGGGGUUGCUUUCCAGGGCACUACUGUUGGUCUGGCCCCUCUAAUGGCCAUGUGUUCCGAGUACCAGUCCGGUGGCAUCAACUCGGAUCACUCCGACAAUGCGAUUGGAGUGGCCGCCACCAUGGCCCACGAGAUGGGGCACAACUUUGGGAUGAACCAUGAUGCUACCGGCUGCUGCUUAGCAAGCCCUGAGGAUGGAGGCUGUAUCAUGGCUGCAGCCAUAGGCCAUCCAUUCCCAAAAGUUUUUAACAGGUGCAACGAGAAGGAGCUGCAGAAGUACCUGGGAACGGGAGGAGGGAAGUGUCUCUUCAACAUGCCCGACACGAAGGCUAUGUACGGAGGGCAGCGGUGUGGGAACGGAUACCUGGAGGAGGGCGAGGAGUGCGACUGUGGAGAAGUGAACGAGUGCUCCAGCCCCUGCUGCAAUGCCAAUAACUGUACGCUGAAGGUGGGAGCACAGUGCGCUCAUGGAGUAUGCUGUGACAACUGCAAGCUGAAGAGCCCAGGAAACCUGUGCAGGAAGCCGUCCGGGUCAUGUGACCUCCCGGAAUACUGCGAUGGGAAGUCAGAAUCCUGUCCUGCCAAUUUCUACCUGAUGGACGGCAGUCCCUGUCAGGGGGGCGGGGCUUACUGCUACAACGGCAUGUGUCUGACUUUGGAGCAACAGUGCCUGUCGCUCUGGGGCCGUGGAGCUAAGCCCGCCCCGGACGCCUGCUUUCAGCGUGUUAAUGAGGCUGGCGACACCUACGGGAAUUGUGGGAAAGACAUGUAUGGCAAAUACAGGAAGUGUGAGACAAGGCAUGCAAAAUGUGGGAAGAUCCAGUGCCAGACCUCGGCUACUAAGCCAGUGGAAACCAAUGCUGUUUCCAUAGAUACCACGGUAACCCACAACGGACAGAGAAUCAAGUGCAAAGGGACCCACGUGUACCGAUCAGAACAGGACGUAGACACCCUGGACCCAGGGCUUGUCAUGACUGGAACAAAGUGUGGGGAGAACGAGAUAUGCUUCGAAGGGGAAUGCCGUAGCUCCUCCUUUCUCAAAGCUGGUGAAUGUGAAAAGAAGUGCAGCGGACACGGGUCUUGCAACAACAAUCACAACUGUCACUGUGAGGCAGACUGGUCCCCUCCGCUCUGUGACAAACCGGGGCUGGGCGGCAGUGUGGACAGCGGCCCUGUGUCUUCACAAAGUGAUUGGCUGCUGGUGCUGUUGCUCGUACCUCUGGCGCUGCUGUGUCUGUGUGUGCUGGGGAUCAGCCUGUACUGCUGCUACAAACACAGGAACAGCUUGCAGGAGAAGCCCCCUACUCCUCUACCCAAACCAAAGGAAUUAAGCAAUGCAGAUGCCGGGCUUGAUCCAAAAACUGCUGUCACUGGCCACGCUAACCCCACUUUCAAACUGAAAACACAAGACGACAAUGACAAGGAGACCGGCCCUACCUGCAGUCCUGCUUUUCCUCCGAAGGGGAGGUUGCCCAUUACGAGGCCGACCUGCAGUCCCCCAGAAGUGCCUUCUUCAUUAGCUAAGCCAGCUCUGAAGAAGCUAGAGCCCCAGCACUCCGCAGUCAAAGCGCUCGUGUCUCCCAGAACCCCGCCCCCGACAGACACAAGACAGAGACAGGCUCCGCCCAGCAGACCGCCGCCUCCCUGUCCAGUGGUCAGGCCUCCCAAGGAAUCCCAACAAUCAAAUAUACCUCUUGCAUUGACCAGUGAGACCAAGUUAAAUACUAAAAAAGCAUUGAUGCCACCUGCUGGUCAGAUCCAGAACAGCAGAUAUCAUAAAGAAGUCGACACAAGAUGAGGAAAGACGACAAAAAUAAACCCCAGUCCGUCUGGAAAUCAGAACAGCUCGUUUAUUUUAUUCAGGGGUUGCCACCACUACCAAUAUAUAAAUUGAAAUUGUGAUGUGGUGCCGACGUAAUUACCGAUAAUGGACAACGCAGGAGUAAAUGGCUAAAAGGGUUUAAAUUAAUACAACUGGUUCUAUUCCUAUUUGCCUUUUAGGACCUUCAGCAUUUAAAGACGCUCAUUUAAAAUACUUCUGAAGGCUUUAAAAGGUUCUGUGAAAUGACGUGAAAUACACAAGUUAAUAACUUGUAUUAUAUUUUGAAUCAAUGGAAAGACUAUGUUACUGCCCCCUUCCCUUUUCUUAUGUUUGCUUCUUAUUGCAAUUAGUUUGUCUGUGUUGAAAUUGCUUUAGUCUGAGCUCAGAAGCCAUUCUUCAGUUCCAGUGGCCAGCCAUAGACAAAGACUGGCAAGAUCAGCCAGAUUGUCCUGGUGUCAGCGACAUCUAAUGAACAUCGAAGGGUCUCCUUUUGUAUUGCUGGCAAUACAGAGUGGGAAUCAGGGGUGUCCAAUCACGGUCCUGGAGGGCUAUUCCACUCCAGGUUUAACAGAUAACCUUAGAUAAUGAACUGCUUCAGGGUCUGGAUGGAGGUUUCAUUGCUUGAAUUAAACAGUCUAGAACAGGGCUGGGAAAAAGACCAGGAGUGGAAAGGCCAACAGUUGGUGUUCUCUAGCUGGCACUGAUUAACAUAUAACUGUAAAUCCAUAACUUCAAAUCACCCAGUGAAAAUUCGAAGGCAAUACCUGACUUUUUAAAUGGUGUUUGAAGCUAAUUACCCUUUAAAUAUUUAUAUCAAACUUGCAGGGUUGUCUGACAAACCAGGUACAUGUGUGAAGCAGUCAAAUACAAUUUUAAUAGUUUCAAUUUCUGUAAAGAAGAACAUAAAUGAAUAUAUGUAAAGAAGGAGGGAAUGCUAAUUUAAGAAUGCUUUGUUUACUGUUUAGGAUAGUUGGGGAUGUGUUUUAUUAAUAGUAUGAAGUCAGACCUGAACUUGAUAUCUAAACUUAAAUCUUGAAACUGAGUAUGAGGUUAAAAUACCUGAUUAGGAUUAGCUUUCCGGAUUUCUGAAGCUGGGUUACCCAGUAUCUUGUUGGGCUGCUUUAUGAUCUCACAAUGCACUGCUGCGUUCCUAAGAAAUUGUUAUAUUGUGAAAUCCCAUUCAGUGUUCAAACAAGGGAGAAAUGCCCUUGCCCAGUCAGGUACUGUUUAUCAGUGUGAUCCUUAUCUUUUUACUUGCAUGCUUAAUGCUUAAUGAUGUAUUACAACAACUUUGCCCAUCCCUACCCCACAGCAAAUUGUACCAAGUUUAUUGAAGUACCAACUUUCUUUUUUUGGUCUCAUAACAACACAAGUGUCAGAUAAAAUAUUGUAUUUUUGUUAGUUUUUUUAAAGAAAGAAAUGUGUGAUUAAGGCAUCAAUAUGAAAAGUAUUUCACCUCUGAAGUCUUGCAGCAUUGCUCUGAGGUAUACAGUGAAAUUGUUCUGCACAUGUAAUAAUGGCCAGGUUAGCUAACCUGUGCUGCAGAACUAGGUGUGUGAGAGGAGUACUGUAGGACUACUCUAUACAAAGAAUUGAGGCACUGCUCAAAUAAAAGAUUCUGUAGUUGUGCCAAAAUUUAAACUGCAGUGGAUGUUCCAAAACUUUCAAAUGUUUUAAAUGAUCUUAAUCUAAUCAGAAGCUGCAGACUAAAGUCGUAACUCAUACAGCGGUACGUUUUUCAGAUCCAGCACAAGUAAAGUGCUGCGGCUUCUGCAGCUGAGGAUGUUUUAAAAAGUGUAUCAGAAAAAGGGAAUACUUGACACUUUAGUCAUCAGUCGCUUCACCACGAUGUUGUACUUUUGUGUUUCAUAUAAAAAACACUUCAGGGAAAUGUACUGUAUAUAUUUUUGUCAUUAUGAUCAUGUAUUUGAAGAUUUGUUUUUGUAUUUUUGCUUUGUUCAAAUUCUCUUUUUAACUAUCUAAAUGCAUUGUGCCUUCCGUUUAUUUAUUUCCAAAUAAAAUGCUGUUUUCGUAA